AUGCUUAAGGAAACGGAAAAAUCGACAUUGUCUAAAACUUUUCAUAGUGUCACAUAUCCUCUAUUUACAAGUAUUCUUCACUUAUGUGUGGCUGGUUCCAUUAAGGGUAAAGCAUACAUAAAAUGUGACAAGAUAAUGGAAGCAUGUCAAUUUGUUUUAAAUAACAAAAGGCUUAACAAUACAGUUGGUGAUGCAUAUUUAACCUUGUUGUACAAGUAUGUAUUGUGCAGUGAAAAUUAUCCAAAGUAUAUAACAUCAAGUGUUUGGGAGGAUUUACUUGACAUAGCUACUAAAGCAUGUAUUUCAAGCGAUUCUUAUUUGGAUGAUUUUGUUAGACUGAAACUGCUGUGGCUUGUUAUAAAGAAUGCUGGAGAGUGUACCCAGUUUUCUUUAACGCUUCGAAAUUCUUUAAAUAAAAUGACACAGUACUUUCAUAAAUUGGUUAAUAACAAGAAGGCUCUGGAAGUUGUUACAGACAUAAUGAUUUUAACACUGGAUAUGCUUUAUUUAGAGAGCCGUUUAAGUGUAUGUCAAUUUGCAGAGAAGAACUUACCUUUAAUAUUCCAAUUCUAUGAACAAAAUUUGGACCUAAAGAAGAAGUCGCAGCUGUUCAAGUUGCUAGAUAUAUCAAUUGCAAUCCAUCAUCCUCUGGGGCGUAUAAGAAAGGAGGACGCGGCUUUGGCUUAUAACUGGGACGAUUGGAACAAAUGCCUUCAUAGUAUCAUGGCAAUAAUAUGUUUGGAAACUGCUUACAUCCACAAAAGCUACAAACAGAACGCUAACAUGUUACAUCAAUGUCCGUUUUUUGCUCGUGUUGCUGCAUCUACCUAUUUCGUGAUAUUUAAAAUGUCCGCACAGGAAAAGGCAAAUAAUUGCGAUACGGAAAAGUCUUCAAAGAAACCAAAGAUAACAUUAAAUAAUUUGGUGGUUUUUGAGGACCUGCUGAGGGAGUUUCAGAAAAGUCACAUAGCAUGGAUAGAUGUUACUCAUAUGUAUGUUGAACAUUUCGGACACUUCAUUUCCAUAAAUGAGUACAAAAUUCUUCUCGAGAUUUUAGAGAAAUUAGUUAAUAAUAACAACAUACAGCAAAUUUCGAAUGUUUUUGAAAAUCUGACAUGCCUGGUUUUGAAAAAUAGUGCACUUCAAAACGAUAUAGAUUCAAAUACUUGGAAAAAGCUUGUAUUAUCAUUAUGGAAUGCAUGUGUACGAAAUUCCACGAGCGUAACCACUGCUCAGAAAGUAAUUCAUGGUGUAAUGCAGGCAAUAUUAUUAUUAAAUCUUUUGGAAUAUCAUAACGUUAAACCUUUGUUCAUCUUGUACUUCGAGAAGGGAAUGCCAGUCAACGAUCAGAGCGUCAAGACACUUACCAUGCUAUUUAAAAAGUUCUAUGCAAAGAGUUGCUAUAAUUUUGGCCGAAUCAAAUGCUUCACUUGGUUUGCUAACGGACAAAUAACAAACGUCGAUAGGUGCGCAAGCAAGUUCUAUCCCCCUAAAGUUGUAGCGCUGGUAUUCAAAUGUGCAGCGAAACUAACAAUGCUUGAAUAUAAAGAAAACAAUCAAACUGAGCUCAGUUUUAAAGACGUGCUAAUAGACAAUUUAAAGGCGAACCUGCACUGUAUACGUCUGUAUUGUAGUUAUUUGAUCAAUGACAUAUCGGAAGCAAUGUCCGGCGAAGAUACAGAGUCUUGCAUAGCCAGUUUGAAAGACAUGUUUACGGUUGUUGUGUCAGAUGACAACGAAACUAUUUUGAAGGACGAGUUAAGAUAUUCUUUAGAAGAUUUGCCUUUGUAUUUAUUUAUCGUCUCUGAGGGUGGCGAUCAAAUCUCUAUGAAGUACAUGAAGUGGUUUGUCUCUGCCGACAUCUUGUGGCGUCAUCGCGGUGUCGUACAACAAAGUGCUAUGAUGCAAAAAUUCAAACGAAAUAUUCCGGAGACAGAAAUUUUAGAGAAAAGUUUUUCUAAUAUUAUAGUUCUGAGUUUGCCCUACAUUGUGAGUGAAAAGUAUGGCCUGAUCAGUAACAAGGAACCCAAGUUGCGGGAAGCGGCAUCCAAGAUGUUUCAUCAAACUAGAGAAAUGCUUAAAAAUGAAAAGUGGACCAAUUUGUUUGUUGAGAAUAUGGGCGAGCUCGUGUUACUUACGGCGCUUCACCUAAGAGAUCAUUCGGAUGCUCAAAAUGUUUUUGAAAUACAAAUUCCACAAAACUUCGAAUCGUACAACUAUUCAAAAGAUAUCUUCUAUGCUAUUAUCAAAUACUUCAGUGAGCUAAUUGAUGGGAACAUCAUGGAAUAUCUUUGUGAAAAUCAACCCCUAGCCAUACUCAAAGUUUUGUUUGUGCUGUGGGAAAAUGUUAUUUCGGAAAAUUUGUUCGAAUUUAAAGUUAUAUCUCUGCACACUUUUGUAACUUUUAUCGGAAUCAUUCCCUUAGGGAUUCCCUCUGAUGCAGUUCUUUGGGUUUACGAUCCAUAUGCUGUUAUAAUGACUGAAGCAGUUAUAGAAACUUAUAAUACAGAGGAUGAAGUAUCCCGAAAACUGGAAAAGUAUUUAAAAAACUUGUCGUUUCCGAGCAUUGCAACGAUUUCGAAAAUGAGAAAAUUUCUGUGUGCUCAUAAAAAACUGGUUAAGAAUGCCUUGGAUAAGCUAGAUGGAAAAGGAUUUUCAGAAGAAUGUGUAAACAGUGUAUUACAUAAACUUAUAUGGACAUUAAGUAAUAUUUUGAAGACUUCUAAUGAUGACAAGAUGAUAAUUGAAGUCAGCAAUUGUCUAGCGGAUGUUGGGACGUACGAUUUAAAAACUUUGGUGACUGCACCGCCAAGCGACACGAAACAAUUAAUCGAUGUUAAACCAACGCUAUAUUUUGCGUUCAUCGCAGUGACCUCGCUUUUGGAUAUAAUUUUUGAUGAAGAUCCGACAGUAAGUUACCGAGUCGCAAAAGCUUUAUAUCAUCUCAAGAAGUUUAAGGACGGUUCAUUAUGUAGCAUAGAUUUGGGAAUGAUUAACAACCAAAUAUUGGUGUGUCUUACACCGGCAACGUGCGAAUCAUUCGCCCAAUACAUAGUUCAUAGUAUAUCAAUCCUGUGGGUUCCGAUGAUUAAUGAAGAACAUUUACAAUGGAUCCAGCGGAUAACACUGUCUUUACUGGCUGCAUUGGCAUCGUCAUCUAAUUAUUUGAGUUCAUUACAUUCUGUUUGUAAUUUAAAGCCUAGUUUAUGUGAAAAAAUUUUGCCGCCAUUAGUAGGGCUAAUAAUCGAGAAUUCUUCAGAAGAACAAAUACAAAUUAUUGGUAAACAAAUAAAUCAAGUAUUCGUCGAUAUUUGGGACAAAAGCUUUAAUUGUAAUGUUGUGAACAGCGAGGACCGUGCCGUCUCCAAUAUAACCAGUUUAUUGAAUCACAAUCAAAAAGUGAUUGUUCACUAUUUAUUGGAUGUGAUCAACACUAUACGCUUACAGCGCAACCAUUCAAAGAUAAGGAAACUACGCGAACCUAAUGCGUUGCGUCAUAUGAAAUUGGAAUAUGAGAAACUGGCAUGGGCGGCUACACUGGCCGAUAAGAACAUAGCCGCCAUUUAUUACGCAGAGCUUUGGGCGGCGGCUGAGAAUGGUGGCGUGCCUCCGUCGUCGCCAGAGGGCACUGCCAAACUCGAAGGCGGCGAAAACUUGCAGAGGAUUCUUCGAAGCUGCUUCGUUUCCAUAGGAGAGUUAGACGCAACGGACGGUUGUGGCACGGCCCACUUGACCAGCGAGCUGGAGAAGCGCAGGCAUCUGUUGAACACGGGCCAGUACUCAGACGCUCUGCUGCUCCACGACAUCGCCCUUUCGAACGGUGCCCAAGAGGACAAUAGCCUCCAGCACGGCGUCGUCAUGUCCCUCCACAAGUCCGGAAUGCACCACUUGGCCUUGCAGUACAUUAAGUCCUUCCCAGAAAAUGACGACCUCGAUGAUGUUAAAUACGACUGCCUAUCAUACCUUGGUGAUUGGAGUGAGAUUGUGGAUACAACAGAGUUGGAGGAGAAAGCUAAGCAAGCGAUUUGGGAUGCCGACGUUAUUAUAAAAUCGUUCCGUUACGCUUGUUUGAAAGAAUGUCUGAACGCGCGUCCUUGUGAAGCGUUUGGAGUUAACCUGAUGCACUUGUUAAAUAAGGCAAAGCUGGCAACCUCUAAGCUGUGCCGCAUCCUCAAUAUGGAGAAUUGCCAGAGUGUUUAUAAAGUGGUUGCAAACUUGCACCUGUUUCGCGACAUUGAGGAUUAUUGCUCUGUAAGAUGCGGACGAACCCGUCCGUCGGAACUGUUGGACCGUUGGCAAGUGGAGAAGUUGGCCUCUCAUAAAAACUUCCUACAUCUCGAGGCGUUGCUCUCCCAACGGAGCUUGAUACUGGAGCAUGCCGCUAAACAAUAUGAAAACAUGUCAUCAGAUAUAAUUGACUUGCAGUUGCAGUAUGUUGAUAUGGCACUAUCGAAUCAAAGGAUUCAAUUUUCCCAACGUCUCCUACAGGCUGUGAAAAAUUUUAAACCAACAAAAAAAGUUGUGUUUGUGGAGAGCCAGAUUGCUUGGGAAAAGGGGCACAAGGACAUAGCACUCGCAUUGCUGCACGGAGUGGUGACCGAACAUACACCUGAUGUUAAGUUGACAGCAAUGUGUUUAAGACAAUACGGACUGUGGAUGGCGGAAAGCAGGCGUGAAAAUGCAAGAGAAAUAAUAAACAAGUAUCUAGAAAAGAGCCUUGAAAUCCUGAAUAGAACGGAUCAUGCAGAGACUACGUACAAGGUGUAUCACGAUAUUGCAAAAUUUGCAGAUGCUGAAUAUAAACAGAUAGUGUCGUACAUGAAUUCCACAGUCUUCGAGAAUAAAGUUAAAUGCAUUGAAAGUAUGAAAGGGAUUGCGGCAUCCUUCAAAGUGCCACAGGAUUCUCUAACGAAGGAUGAAAGGAAAGCCUUAACGACCAACGAUCGAUUUAUGAAGAUGGAUGAAGAUGAAGUUUCCAGAACCAGAUUAGAGAAAGAGAGUUUUCUCAAUUUGGCAAUGAGGUAUUACUUGCUGUCUUUAAGGCAUAGCGAGGAGACCAAUCUCUCGAUAUUCAGAGUGAUAUCCCUUUGGUUCGACAACCCUUGUUUUGAAUUUGAAGUGGGGCGGAAAGCGAAACUGCAAGAGUUUUUGCAGGCGGUGCCUUCUUGGAAGUUUAUAACAGUCCUACCCCAAUUGGCGCCGAGGAUCACAACAGAGACCAGUGAUUUUGCGAAAUACCUCAAGGAUAUUUUAGACAGGUGCGCCACGGAGCAUCCCCACCACACGCUGCCCAUACUGUUCAACCUGAAGAACUCCGACAAGGACAGCUGCAUACUGAAUGCGAGCAAGGGCGCGGGAUCGAGUUCUCGGGCAGCGCGUCCGCACACGCCGGAGCCGCGCGUCUCCGCCGCGGACGCGCUCGUCCGCGGGAUGGCGCGCAGGCCACUGCUGGCGCCCCUCGUGCAGCAGAUGGAGCGCCUCUGCGACGCGUUCAUAAGCUUUGCGUACUUCACUCCGAGGACGAACAACGCGAAACCGCAACCGAUCCCCGCUGCGGAGACGUUGUCCAAACUGCGCAAUUUGGACGCCCUACCUGUACCAACCAUCACGCUAUCGAUCAGGAAGAAUGGAGGUUAUUCAAAUUUGCCCACCAUAACAGAAUUCGGCACCCACUUUGAACUAGUAGGCGGUAUCAACUAUCCGAAGAAAAUAACUUGUCGUAGUUCGGACGGUAAAUGCAGAAUUUUAUUGAUUAAGGGUGAAGACGACCUUAGACAGGAUGCCGUGAUGCAACAAGUGUUCAACAUUGUCAAUAAAUUGCUCGAAAAUAAUCCAAUCACCAACAAAAAUAAACUUCUUGUCCGAACAUAUAAGGUUGUGCCAAUGUCCCGACGCUCAGGUGUUUUAGAAUGGUGUGAGGGCACGUUGCCCCUGGGUGCGUAUUUGAUCGAAGCCCACAUGCGGUGCCGGCCCAAGGAUAUUACGCCUUCUGCGGCCCGAACGAAACUGAAGGCCUGCCAUGACAACAGAAAGUCUAACCAAGAAAAGUUGAGGGUUUUCAUGGCAAUAUUAGCGAACUUUAAACCCGUUUUCCAUAAUUUCUUUACCGAACAUUAUCACGAUCCCAUCACGUGGUACGAGCGGCGGCUCGCUUAUACAAGGAGCGUUGCAACCUCCUCGAUGGUGGGCUAUAUUUUGGGCUUAGGCGAUAGACACGUUCAAAAUAUUUUAAUUGAUACGAAAACGGCAGAAGUCAUACACAUUGAUUUAGGUAUCGCAUUUGAUCAAGGAAAAGCUCUUCCCACACCGGAAACCAUACCAUUCCGCUUAACUCAGGACAUUAUUGCUGGGUUUGGAUGCUGUGGAGUUGAAGGAAUAUUUAGACGGUGCUGCGAGAAGACAAUGCAAUUGUUACGCGAUAAUCAAGAAACCUUACUGACGAUUUUGGAGGUGCUUUUAUGCGACCCUUUGUACUCAUGGACCUUGAAGGGACCCCUAAAAAAUUCCAGUGUUUACUCGCUACGGGAGGGCGAGCCGGCCGGCUCCGGGCUGGCGGAGCGCGCGUUGCUGUCGGUGGGGGGGAAGCUGAGCGGCGCGGAGGGCGGGGCGCCGGGCGCCGUCUCCGUUCCCGGGCAGGUGGCGCGCCUGCUGCACGCCGCCACCGACCCCGCCAACCUGUCGCGCCUCUUCCACGGCUGGCAACCCUACCUA